AUGCCGACAGGAGCUGAAGUGAACCAUAGCCUUAGGUGUUCUGCAUGCAAAGAAAUCACGUAUUGCAGCCGAGAAUGCCAACGCCAACAUUGGUCAUCUCACAAAACUGAAUGCAAACAAAUUUGCCAACAAGUGAAAACGUUAGCUGAAGAGCUCAGAUUUCACUUUCAGCGGCAUAAUGAAAUGCAAACGAUGAAUGAUUUCCCUUACUAUUUCGGGAACACUCUUGCUGUCGAUGUACUGAAACUAGGCUGCAACGAAGCAGAACCAUCUCUCAAAAAUGUUGUUUCUCAACUUGCAAGAGAUUACAACAUCUUAUUCGCAGGUGUUGGAGACUUACGCAAUCUCCUGCUUACAACAGCAUCACUUCCAAGCAACUUCACAGGUAAUGUUAGGUUUACCCUAAACGAUAUCGAUCCAUUUGUUCUAGCAAGAGGUGCACUGUUCCUGUAUAUGAUGAUAACUCAGAGUUCAAGAGAAUAUAUCGAGGUGUCAAUUACGAAUAUAUGGUAUUCGAUUCAACUCCCGGAUGAAGAUUUCUAUCUUUUGAUGUCAGCCCUCAGUGAACUUAUAGAACACACUGUCGAAACACUGAAGGGUAAGACAAACAAUCUUCUGGAUGUAGAGGAGAAGGAUUUUGAAAUGAUGAAAGAGGUUUGGAAAGAGUGGAGGGAAAUGGAGUGUAAUACUAGGAAGUAUAAUUCCAUUCAUUUGUCUGCUCAGAGAUCCCGCAUAUUUGACAGAGAUCCCGGGUCAUCAUGUGGUAUAUCGGGUUACAUUCGUUUGAUUCCGCAAGAGUAUCGCGUAUCUGCAAAAAAGUACUUUGAAAACGGAUUGUUUUUACCAAAUGAUGUCCAUAAAAGAAGCGAAUUGAAAUAUGAUAACCCCACCUUAACUGGACGCCCAAGGUUUGCGGAAAAAAGUUUGCAUGUUCGGUCAAGACCAAAGUUUUAUAACUUUGUAUACUGCAUCCGAGCUGAUGUAUUGCCAUUCGAUGGCUGGGAUUACAUCCAGGCAAAAAAAGUAUCGCAACCCAACUCAAUCGUUGAUCUAUUCCAUACGUACAUUGCCAGCAUCAUAAAAUCUGCAUUAAUAUUUUUUGAAAGAAAUAUGAUCUAUUCAAAACCCAUUCUCAAAAACUGUACAGAUCUUUUUAAGUUACCUAAUGCUAAGCCUGAAUUCGACCGCAUUAUGACGUCAAACAUUGCAGAUUACACUAACAUCAAGGUACUGCUAUCAUCAAUGCGCCCUCUUUUGAGCACAACUAACAAACAUGCCGUACUUGUUACAGAUAUAAUGAACUGGACACGCUGGUGUCCAGAGGCAGAUUUGGGAAAUCAACGGAAUGCAUUCAAGAUAUACAACUUAGGAUUGCCCGAUAAAUUGUUUCAAGACACAGGGCGCCAUGAUGAUUUUGAAUACAUGGUUCAAGGUAUGAAAGAAUACUAUGACGACACUACAUUUUUCAUUCGUUACUUGCGCAUUUUGUUUCUUGCGACAAAUAAUGAACCGUCAGUAAAAGAAGAGGUUCCAUUCUUUCUUAAGUCCUUUGAAAAUAUUGAAGGUUUUCGUCUCAGAGAUUUCACAAAAGAACUUAAUAAGGUAAUUCCAUUUCGAUAUCGGCUGAACACAAGGCUAUGUAAUCAUAGUACUGGAUCUGAGAGAAGUUUAGAAUGGCAACUGGUUUAAAAUGAUCAAAAACACACAAUCAAGUAAAAAGAUAAAAAAAAAAAGAAGCAGAUUGUGUGAAACACUCGUCUGAUCAGCUUUAAGCCAUAGCCCCCUUACAUAAUGGUUAAAAUUGUAUUACUAAUUUUAUGUUUUUAAAGCAAAACAAAAAGGGAAACAUAAAAAAUA